AUGCUUUCAGUAUCUUCUCUUCUUAACCCGUCGCCCCCGGGGCCGCUUCCUGCUCCUCGGUUCCUCCCAAGUCCUGCCAUGUCCUCGCCGGGAAGCUGCUACGCGGAAACGGCCUCGUCACCUUACUUGGACCGUCCAGUCAUCCCCAAGCUCAAGAUGUCCAAGGAACAGCCGGCCCCGAUGUCAAAGUACAAACCGCGAGGCGUCAUCAAGUACUUCCCCUUCGAGAACGUCGACGAGCUGAGCCGAAGGGAGGUGCUUCGUUUUCGUGUCACCCCCUUUGGCCGGAUCCAGGAGUCCUGCGCCCAUAUCCCAUACAACAGCGGCAAGAAGGACUUUUUCGAGAAGACGGGUCGUGAGAGCUUCGAAGUUUUCAAGUACGAGUUCAAGGUCCCUGGAGAGGAAACCGAUUUCACCGUCAUGUGGGACUAUAAUGUUGGGCUUGUCCGUAUGACUCCCUUCUUCAAAUGUUGCAAGUAUUCAAAGACCGUACCAGCAAAGAUGCUCGGCCUUAACCCGGGCCUCAAGGACAUCACCCACAGCAUCACCGGUGGUGCCAUCGCUGCUCAAGGCUACUGGAUGCCGUAUGAGUGUGCCAAGGCAGUCUGCGCAACUUUCUGCUACAACAUCGCGGGAGCACUGAUCCCGAUAUUCGGACCCUCCUUUCCGUCCAUGUGUAUCCCGCCCGGAUCCCCCGACUACCAACGCAUGGUCAUCGACCCCCGCAUCGUCGAGGACGCCAUCAGAGAAGCCGACCUCUCCCGCAAGGUCCAGCAGCACCACGGGUUCCCUUCCGCCGCCCACAACCCCCUCCCGAGCAUCGACCACCGACCGAUGCGUUCUCUCCGGGACGACAGACGGUUACGCCUCAACACGCGUCUGAUGAGUCCCUACAGCGACACCGAAGGAGAGGGCCACCGCUCCUGUCCGGACUCCGCCUCGAGCACCGGCUCAGAUAGUAUUAGCUACACCUACGGCUACCACUCGGGGCCUCCGCCGCCGCCGCCCCAUCGCCACCCGCAACCGCCCACGUCCGGCUCGGGCUGGACCCCCGCGAACCGCCCCGAGCCUUACCGCCUCGUCGACGAGAGCUACCGCUCGCCCCAUCCAUACCUCAGUGCGGUCCCGCGCUUCACCCCGCUGAACAGACACCACACCGCCAGUACGCCUCGUCCCCUUUGGAACAAACGGCCCAUCGAUCAUGAUGACAGCGAGAGCGGAGUAGAGAGCAGCACCGCCACAACCACCAACAACAGCAGCCCGGCCUUGAGCUUCGUCUCGGAGCAACGGAGGGACGACGAGUCGGACGUUGAACUGGCAGAGCAGAACGCCGCCCUCGGCCUCAUGACGCUCCGCACCACCGCGGGCCGGAAGGAGCCCGGGUACCUCAGCGACCUGGACAGCCCGGACGCGCACCGCGCCAAGCGGCGGAGGGCCACGUCGGCGUAA